UUCGUCCCUGGCUUAAGCUCUUCUAUUGGCAGUUUUAUUGGUACAUUGGCAAGCAAUUCCCAAAUAUUUGACAGAAAAAGCAGAUAUUUUGUUACUCUUGGUAUGAAUAGUAUUCUGGAUAUGACGGACAAAACUACAGGUAGCCAACUCUCGCAACUUUCGGAAGAAGCCUCCCAAGCCUGCCAAAAUAAGUUUGCACCUAUCCGAAAAGCUGUGAAUUUAAGAACAGUCCAAAAGUAUGAAGACUUAUUGGUACUCAAUGAAGAUGGCUAA